GUUACAUAAAAUUUUUAAAAAACUUAUAUGAUAGGAGACAAUUAGAAAAAUUUAAAACUACAAGAAAUUAUACAAACUCCCACAAUGACACAGACAGUAGUAGAAUUUAUAAAUACAGCAACAAAGCUUAUACCUGAUUUUGAUGGCAAAUCAGAAAAUUUACGUUCAUUCCUUGACGCACUAACUCUGGUUGAUGCGAUAAAAGGCGAACAUGAGGCAAUAGCCAUUUCCUUAAUUAAGACUAAACUUAAAGGAAAUUCGAGAAAUUUGAUUGACAAUGAAAAUACAAUUGCGGAAAUCAGUACCAAACUACGCACCACCGUAAAAGGUGAGUCAGUAGAAGUAGUGACUGCAAAACUUAUGAAUAUAAGACAAAGUAGCAAAACUGCUACAAAUUACUGCAAUGAAAUAGAAACACUAACAAAAUCAUUAGAAAAUGCAUAUAUAAAUGACGGCAUAAACUUAAAUUUGGCAAGUAAAUAUGCGACACAAGCAGCCGUAAGGGCAAUAACUAAAAAUUGCACAUUAGAAAAAGUCAAACUUAUUAUGGAAGCAGGUCAGUUUACUGACAUGAAUGAAGUAAUAAGCAAAUUUGUUGGAAGUUGUACAGAAGCUACAGGCCAACAAAAUACCAUGCUAUAUCAAACGGGGUAAAUCUAUUAAAACAUAUAUACAAAUCAAUGAUUUGUUUGUUAAAGGGAAAUUUGACUUAGGUCAAUUUUUCUCUAGGCUCGAUGAUGUGGCCGAUAAGCAUUCAAUUGACAAAUUACAAGUGGCACCUAGUGAGAAAAUUUUCGAAUUUGUCUCUAUAAAUGAAUUUAAAGAAAUGGGCAAUAAGAAAUUAAUUAAAAUGAAAGUAGCGCUACUGAAUGAGGUGACCCAAAUAAAUUAUAAAGAUGCAAAAACAAUUGAAAGUAUAUUAAAAAGAUAUCAUGAUGACCCGGCAGAAGGAGGUCAUUGUGGCAUUUCAAGAACCUUGAAUAAAAUAAAAAGAUACUAUUACUGGAAACACAUGACUAAAACAAUCACGAAAUAUGUUAAGAAUUGUCAUAAGUGUCAAAUAACCAAAGUCACAAAACAUAUAAAAAGUCCAAUGACUUUGACGCCAACACCAAACAAGGCAUUUGAUACAAUAUUCGUUGACACAAUCGGCCCGCUACCAUUGUCAGAAAAUGGAAAUGCAUACGCAGUCACGAUAAUAUGCGACAUGACUAAAUAUUUAGUGACAAUACCAACUAAAGAUAAAAAUGCAAAAACUAUAGCUAAGGCAAUUUUUGAUAAUUUUAUUCUCGUCUACGGUCCUAUGAAGACGUUCAUAUCGGACAUGGGCACGGAAUAUAAAAAUUCACUUUUAGAAGAAAUAUGCAAACUUUUAAAUAUAGAAAAACUAACAUCAACCGCCCACCACCACCAGACGUUAGGGACGGUCGAGAAAUCACAUAAAGCGUUUAACCAAUAUGUAAGGUCAUAUGUAUCGAUAGACAAAAGUGAUUGGGAUGAGUGGCUUAAGUAUUUUACAUACUGCUUUAAUACAACACCAUCAACUGUACAUGACUAUUGUCCAUACGAGUUAGUUUUUGGAAAACUUCCAAAUGGGUUUCAACAAUUUGAUCAGGUUGACAAAAUAAGCCCACUUUAUAAUUUAGAUAAUUACGCUAAGGAAAUUAGAUUUAGGUUAGAAAUAUCUCAUAAAAGAGCAAGGGAUAUGAUAGAACAAGCUAAGAUAGUACAAAAAUCUUAUUUUGAUAAAAAAGUUUUAGAUUAUAACUUUAAAAUAGGUGAUUUAGUUUUGCUAAAAAACGAAUCAGGGCACAAAUUGGACCCACAAUACAAAGGACCAUUUAAAAUUAAUAAUAUAGAUUUUAAAAAUAAUGUAACUAUAACUGAUAAGAAAACGGGAAAAACCCAAAUUGUACAUAAAAAUAGAAUUAAGAUAUAUAAUCAUUAAAACAAUUUUU